AUGGGAAAGCUCCAGGACAUCAAGGUGAUUGUGGUCGGUGCUGGCUACGGUGGGCUGACUGCCGCCAUCGAGUUAAGGAGAAAAGGGGCCAAUGUUUUAGUUUUCGAAAGCACCAAAACCCUUACUGAGCAAGGCGACACCAUUCAGAUGCCCUCCAAUGUCACCAAAACUCUGUCGAAAUGGGGCAACGUCCUAGAGAAGGUGGCUGAAGAUUCAGCUCGCCCAAGUUUCUUGGAGUGCCAGGACUCACAAGGCCGACUUCUCUACAAGCAACCGUUGCCUCUCGACUUCGAUGGCUUUCCAAUCUUGUACCCUAGCCGUGGUAGGGCACACAAGAUCAUGUAUGAUUAUGCUGUGUCCAUUGGCGUACAGGUUCGAUUCGGGGUCCGCAUAUCCCAAUUCUUCGAGGACGAGAAUGAAGCUGGUGUCUAUGCUGGAGACGAAAGAGUCACCGCGGAUGCCGUUAUCGCGGCAGAUGGAGUUCACAGCAAAGCCAGAUCUUUGAUCAUCAAGAAUCCGGAAAACUCCCGAUCUAGCGGAUUUGCGGCGUAUCGUUGCUGGUUUCCUGUGGAAGCCUUGCCGAAGACACCUCUCCUUGACGAUAUAAUCAACGCAAAGAAGGAUCGCUACUGGGUUUGGAUAGGUCCAGAUGUACAUGCCCUGGUCAUGACCAAUGUCAAGAUGCAAUGGUUGGCAUGUUUCUGUACGCACAAGGAUACUUACACGGUCGAAGAGUCGUGGAGCUAUCCUGGUAAGAAAGAAGAUUUACUCAAAGUAGUGGAAGGCUGGGACGAAAAGCUGCGUGCCAUUUUCGAGGCGAUUCCGGACGACAAAUUGAUCGACUGGAAACUGCUCUGGAGGGACCCUGCAUCGAACUGGAUUUCAGAGCAUGGAAGGAUUGCGCUCGUUGGCGACGCCGCACAUCCUCAUUUACCAAGUUCUGGUCAGGGUGCUGCUCAGGCAAUCGAAGAUGGUGCUGUGCUAGGAGCUGUCCUGGACAGAGCAGGUAAGAAGGACAUUUCUCUCGGUCUACGGGCUUAUGAGAAGAUACGUUUUGUACGCGUAAAUCUGACACAGCGAAUGGGAUGGGAGCUGCGACAUCUCUGGCAUAACACCGACUGGGAAGCUGCUAAGAAGGAUCCGAAGUCCCUGGAAUUCAAGCAGCCUUACUGGCUCUUUGGCCAUGAUCCAGAAGCAUAUGCGUAUGAGGCCUAUGAUGAAGUGGUUGACUGCCUACAAAGUGGGAGGGAGUUUGUUCCCAAGAAUAUCCCGGAAGGAUAUCGUCACAAGCCUUGGACGAUGGAGGAUAUGCUGGUACGGAACGGCGAUACUUUCGUGGUCUACAGCUGA